AUGGCACCUCGUACUUCAAAAAUGGUCGUGGCAAUCGACUUUGGGAUGACAUUUACCAGUGUUGCUUCAGCCCAUUCUGAAGUAGGACAAGACGCCUUUACCUUCGAAAUCAUACACAACUGGCCGGGAUUGACUACGCCUACAAGCAGGCUUCCUUCUGUCUUAAGCUACCCGGAAGGCAAUUAUCAGUGGGGGUCACUUGCCUACGCGUUUAAGCCAACAUAUGCUUGGUUCAAGCAACUGCUGGAUCGCCAGACCCCAUACAAUGAGUUCCGAGAUGCUAAUUUUGAGAGGGUUACAAAUCAAACCCUAGUAGAGCCAGCGCCGGGUAAGGAACCUGAGCAAAUGGUCGCAGACUUCCUCCGAGGAGUAUGUCUCUUCCUGAUGGAAUAUCUGAGCCUUCUUUUGACCCCUGCGACGACUUUACAUUUUUGGUUCUCCACCCCAGUUGUCUGGGGAGAUGCUGCCCGCAUGGCCAUGCGAGAGGCUGUCCACCUUUCAGGGAUCGGUUCACAUUUUCCAGGAAGUGUUAACUUCACCUCUGAGUCUGAAUCGGCCGCCCGAUACAUAGUUGAACGCGAAGGUGAUAGAUUUCAGACUGGGGAUGUCUUCUGUAUAUGUGACGUGGGAGGCUAUACUAUUGACUCGGCAAGCUACCGUGUAUUCUCGCGUGAACCAGUCUUGCGGCUCACUCAACUAACCGAAUCCCGCGGCCUGAGAUGCGGGGCGAUGACUGUGGAGAUGCGUUUUCUAGAUCUGAUGAUCGACCGGUUUGACAAGGCUUUUGAGAUAGCAUUCCAUAGAGAAGGUGCUAUGGCGAGUUCAUUUAUGGUAAAAUUCGUCGAGCUCAAAGAAAGGUACAAUGGCACCGACUUGGAGUGGAGGCUGGAAUUAAAAUUGGAUGUCAUCCACUCGAGGUUUUAUGACACCCGAACAAGCGAAAUCCUUCUCACGCCCGAUGAUCUGGUGUACAUCUUUCAGGCAGUCAUCGACAACUCCAUACGCUUAAUGGGAGCUCAACUAAACGAGGCUGACAGAGAGAGCUACAGACAUGGAGGCUGUGGAGUGAAAUAUGUGUGUGUCACUGGCGGAUUCGCCAACUCACCGUACGCGAGAAUCCGAUACGAUGAGUUUGCCAAAGAACGAGACGUCGAGCUGAUCAUCCCUGACCACCCAGCCAUUGCCACUGCCUCUGGCUUGGCUCUCCUGGGCGUCCACAACGUUGCCUACAUCAAAAAGGAAUGCGCCCGCACUUAUGGACUUUAUCACCCAGACCUCAUGCUGACCACUGGAGACAAUGUGGAGCGACCUAUUAUUAGGCGGGUUGACAUGAUGCAAAGGACACCCCCCAAAAUAACCUGGCUCUUUUACAAGGAUGUAUCUUACGAGGAAAACUUUCUCUACUCCCGUCGCUUUGAGCUUCUGAACGCAGUUGACACGACUAUGAUCAAGACAGUCACCGUUUAUGCGAUUGAUAAAUCCGAUCCAGAAGACAAGCGCAAUAUGAUCCACCCUGACGACCUAGAAAGGCCGGCCCAUGUCGACAUCAAUCUGUCAGACAUCCAGCUCGACCACCACCCUCGAGUAGUAAGAAACGGAAAAACUUGGUACCAGGUCCUCAUCGACGUAAACGCCAUCCUCUGCCUCAAGAAGGGGGAAUUGAACAUUGAAGUUUCGGCGAAUGGAACUAUUUGUGGACAUUGCCAGGUCCUUACCGCCUGGGGAUAA